AUGAAGGAUCCCCUCCUCCUGGUGCUCAUUGCUGGGGCCACUGGGGUCUAUUGCAGUGAGUAUAGCCUGAAUGAUAUAUAGACUGUGUGAUCUAUAGACUGAAUGAUAUAUAGACUGUAUGAUAUAUAGACUGAAUAAUAUAUAGACCGAAUCAUAUAUAGACUGUAUGCUUGAUCUAUAAACUGUGUGAACAGAGUGAAAACUCAGGAUUUCCUGACUUACAGGGUCGCACUCACUCUGACAUGUGUCUGUCUCAGGUCUCUCUCUGACAUGUGUCUGUCUGUCUCAGGUCUCUCUCUGACAUGUGUCUGUCUGUCUCAGGUCACUCUCUCUCUGACAUGUGUCUGUCUAUCUGUCUCAGGUCUCUCUCUCUGACAUGUGUCUGUCUGUCUCAGGUCUCUCUCUGACAUGUGUCUGUCUGUCUCAGGUCUCUCUCACUCUGACAUGUGUCUGUCUGUCUCAGGUCUCUCUCUCUCUGACAUGUGUCUGUCUGUCUCAGGUCUCUCUCACUCUGACAUGUGUCUGUCUGUCUCAGGUCUCUCUCUCUCACUGACAUGUGGUUGUCUGUCUCAGGUCACUUUCUCUCACAUGUGUCUGUCUGUCUCAGGUCACUCUCUCUCUCUCUGACAUGUGUCUGUCUGUCUCAGAUCACUCUCUCUCUGACAUGUGUCUCAGGUCUCUCUCUCUUUCUCUCUGACAUGUGUCUGUCUGUCUCAGGUCUCUCUCUGACAUGUGUCUGUCUGUCUCAGGUCUCUCUCUCUCUCUGACAUGUGUCUGUCUGUCUCAGGUCACUCUCUGUCUCUGACAUGUGUCUAUCUGUCUCAGGUCACUCUCUCUCUCUCUCUGAUGUGUCUGUCUGUCUCAGGUCACUCUCUCUCUGACAUGUGUCUGUCUCAGGUCUCUCUUUCUGACAUGUGUCUGUCUGUCUGUCUGUCUCAGAUCACUCUCUCUCUCUCUCUGACAUGUGUCUCUCUGUCUGUCUCAGGUCUCUCUCUGACAUGUGUCUGUCUGUCUCAGGUCACUGUCAGGGUCUUACCUGAGUUGGGAGUCUGUAGCGCAGAUAUGAUGCUCACCCUUGCAGAUAGCCACAGGCCGAGGUGGUCAGGUAAGAAUUCACCUGGCCUGUGGGUCUGUGCACGGGGGCUGUGCAGGAUGCAGUACCAAUACGCAGGACAGGCAAGGACUGAACCAGCAGGAUGGUCGAGGGAUAGCCGAGGUCAAAGGAUGCCAGAGGACAGGAACAACGAGGAGUAGCCGAAGUCAAGGGAUGCCAGAAGUCAGAAUAAACGAGUCAGGAAGCCGGGGUCAAUAAUGCGAAGCGAUGAAACAGAAACACUGGAACAAACAGGAUCAAGGACUUGACACUGAGCACAGGGCGAGGCUGGGUUUAUAUACCCUGCUGAUGACUGAUCAGAGUCAGGUGAAACACAGCCAAGUCAAGGUGCAGCCCCCAGAGUAGUAGCCAUGUCAGGAUGAACAGGACUGGAAUCAGUCUUCACUGUAAAUAGCUGCUGUGGCUCAGAGGUAGAAAGCAGGACCAGGACUGAGAAGAUCCCCGGUUCAAGUCCCCUGUUGGGAACUCCAAGAGCGACCACGUCUUGCCGUCUGUCUAUCAGGUGAGAACCGUGACAGUACCCCCCCCUUUAAAAACGACCUCCGGGCGUGAAUGGGUUCAUUGUCAGCAUAGUACACCUCUCCAGGGUCACUAUCUGAAUCCAGUGAGUCCCCAUAGUCAAACUCCCCAGCAAGGAUUCCCUUUACAGCUUGGGAGUCCGCAGUACCAGCUUCUGGUACGGCUGGAGAAUUGUCCAGGUCUUUUAGGUUCCGGGUACAGGUGGCAAGCACUUCCAAAACUUUGGCAGGAGCAGUGUUCGCAGCUAACAAUGCUUUUUCGAACAUAUCAAGGUCUUCUUUACGGACUAUAGUGCCAUUAGAAGCAACGGCACAAUCCACAGGUAAAACCUCUUCGGGCGGGCAGGAAGUAGUGGUGGUAUCACAGGAAGCAACUUCGGGAGUAGAUGCAGGAGGCUCUGGAGCAGGGGAUGGAGGUUUUCUCGCGGAAGCCAAGCAUGUGCAAGCACAACGGCUUCUAUUUGGCUUUUUAGGCUGGUAUGCGGUGUACACAGGGCGAAGGAAACUAGUACCAAGUCGGAGAGCUGGAGGUCUAGGAGGGCGAACAGGACAAAGCGUGAUGAAGUGCCCUUUUUCUCCACAGUAAUAACAUAGGCCAUAGCUUCUCCUUCGGUCUUUUUCCUUAGGUGUCACUUUGCAGUGGACGAGUCCUAAUUGCAUAGGUUCCACAGGGUCAAGUGGAACACCGGAUACCUCUGGAGUUUUCCUGGGAGCUGGAACAUAAGGAGGCAUUUCUGGGGCGUAGUGGUGGUACUCGGUUUCUUGGUUAGGAAGAGUCUGAGAUUUUUUAGUACGUGGAGCUGACUUGGCCACAGUGGUCUUACAUUGUGAGUCCAUAGCAGUACUAAAGGAUUCCCAGCUGACCAGGACAGGACUCUUCGUCUGCAACAUUUGGUGAGCCCAAACUUUGAUGCGUCCAGACAACAGGUUGAUAGCCGCUCGGACCUUGAUAAAAUCUGUGGCAUAUGUUCGAGGCUUUAAAGAAAACAACACCUCACAAUCCAUCUUGAAAGACUGAAAGGAUGUGCGGCUACCAUCAAAUCGGUCGGGCAUGAUGACAAACGGUUCAGGAAAAGCUGGUUCCGGGGCUGGAUGUACUGCGCCUUUAAGGAAUAAAAUUUCUUGCUGCAGCUCCGAAACAGUCUGGGCCAGGCUGGACACACGCUGGGUCGAGGGUGAGCACAUCUCUGCGGACUCCAUAAUGGUCAAGUCCUUAUGUCAGGGUCUUACCUGAGUUGGGAGUCUGUAGCGCAGAUAUGAUGCUCACCCUUGCAGAUAGCCACAGGCCGAGGUGGUCAGGUAAGAAUUCACCUGGCCUGUGGGUCUGUGCACGGGGGCUGUGCAGGAUGCAGUACCAAUACGCAGGACAGGCAAGGACUGAACCAGCAGGAUGGUCGAGGGAUAGCCGAGGUCAAAGGAUGCCAGAGGACAGGAACAACGAGGAGUAGCCGAAGUCAAGGGAUGCCAGAAGUCAGAAUAAACGAGUCAGGAAGCCGGGGUCAAUAAUGCGAAGCGAUGAAACAGAAACACUGGAACAAACAGGAUCAAGGACUUGACACUGAGCACAGGGCGAGGCUGGGUUUAUAUACCCUGCUGAUGACUGAUCAGAGUCAGGUGAAACACAGCCAAGUCAAGGUGCAGCCCCCAGAGUAGUAGCCAUGUCAGGAUGAACAGGACUGGAAUCAGUCUUCACUGUAAAUAGCUGCUGUGGCUCAGAGGUAGAAAGCAGGACCAGGACUGAGAAGAUCCCCGGUUCAAGUCCCCUGUUGGGAACUCCAAGAGCGACCACGUCUUGCCGUCUGUCUAUCAGGUGAGAACCGUGACAGUCACUCUCUCUCUGACAUGUGUCUGUCUGUCUCAGGUCCCUCUCUCUCUCUGACAUGUGUCUGUCUGUCUCAGGUCUCUCUAUCUCUGACAUGUGUCUGUCUGUCUCAGGUUCCUCUCUCUCUCUGACGUGUCUGUCUGUCUCAGGUCUCUCUCUCUCUGACAUGUGUCUGUCUGUCUCAGGUCUCUCUCUCUCUCUGACAUGUAUCUGUCUGCCUCAGGUCACUCUCUCUCUGACAUGUGUCUGUCUGUCUCAGGUUCCUCUCUCUCUCUGACACGUGUCUGUCUGUCUCAGGUCUCUCUCUCUGACAUGUGUCUGUCUGUCUCAGGUCUCUCUCUCUCUCUGACAUGUAUCUGUCUGCCUCAGGCCACUCUCUCUCUCUGACAUGUGGUUGUCUGUCUCAGGUCACUUUCUAUGACAUGUGUCUGUCUGUUUACCUGUCUGUCUCAGGUCACUCUCUCCAGUUCUAUGGCACAGCUGUAUCCGUUUCCGGACUUGGGCUGCCAGACUAUACAUUGGUGGGUUUUGUGAAUGUGAUACAGAUUAUAAAAUACAACAGUGACAUCGGCCGGGCCGUUCCCGUGGCUCCGUGGGUAAAGAAAUUGGAAACUGAAUACUGGGUGAUAAUUACACAGAUCGGCAAAGAGGGGGAAGCUGUAUUCAAACGGGAAUUUAAGACGUAUUUGCCUUUCUACAAUCUGACAGGUGAGAUACACACACAUAUACACACUGACACACAAAGUAUAUACACUGUAUACACACACUGACACACACCGUAUAUACACACUGACACACACUGAAACACACAGUAUAUACACACACAGUAUAUACACACUGACACACACAGUAUAUACACACAAUGUAUAUACAAACACUGGAUAUACACACUGACAUACAGUAUAUACACACUGACACUCAAUGUAUAUACAAGCACUGUAUAUACACACUGACACACACCGUAUAUACACACUGACACACAAAGUAUAUACACACAGUAUAUACACACUGACACACACUGUAUAUACACACUGACACACACCGCAUAUACACACUGACACACACAGUAUAUACACACUGACACACAAAGUAUAUAUACACACAGUAUAUACACAGUAUAUACACACUGACACACACUGUAUAUACACACUGAAACACACAUUAUAUACACACACACACAGUAUAUACACACUGACACACACAGUAUAUACACACACAAUGUAUAUACAAACACUGGAUAUACACACUGACAUACAGUAUAUACACACUGACACUCAAUGUAUAUACAAGCACUGUACAUACACACUGACACACACUGUAUACACACUGACACACAAUGUAUACACACUGACACACUGUAUAUGCACUAUACAUAUGGAUAAUGGUUAUGUUUUUUAGACUUCACCCCUGCUAUUGACUCUGCUCUUCUCUCUGUAAGCCCCACCCCCUCAUGUGAAAUGUCAGAAUAACAAAAACAUUUUCCUUUUGCUUAAUAAUUUGAGUGGAUCAUUUAACCAAUCAAUUUGUGCCCAAAGGACCAGAGCAUGUAUAGUAUUUCCUUGCAGGCUUUUUAAUGUAAACACUGCCUUUUCAGAGAAAAGGCAAUGUUUACAUGAGCGGUGUACCCAGAGCUUUUGCCACCUGGACCACAACUCCAGCUGCCCCUCUAUGUGUCUCAUUCCCCCACCCCCUGCAGGCCCUGAUGUGUCUCCAUCUUCCCCACUGCCCCUGUGCCUGCUUACCUCCAGCAUGGCGUGGCCUGGCAGACCAUGGUGGAGUAUCUUCUGUAUCCUCUAUCUGAGCUGAUCUGUAAACAUUUCCUGUCAGCCCGGGUAGAGGAUACAGAAGAUCCUCUACCUGUGAUCUGCUCAACCACGCUACAUGCAGGGACCGGAAUGAGGGGGAGCGCUAUGCAUUCUCCUCCUGCCAGUAACCCAGCGAUUGCAACUGAAAUUUCCAGUUAUCUCAGUGGGCCAGUCCGUGGGGUGGCGGCGGCACUUUUUUUUCACAUGAAAAGUGCCGUCGCCACCUCCAAAAAAUUAUUCUCCACCUUACUAUGCCUCUGGUUUACAUUACUGCUAAGGAACACCUCUAGAGGCAGUCACUCAGAUGGCCACUAGAGGUGCUUCCUGGGUCAGUGCUGCACAUUUGAACUCCAUUUGAAAAAGCCAUACAGGUGAAAACGCGUUAAUGGAUGUUACUACUUUGCAUUUUAACUAUUAAAGGAUUUUGGUCACUACACUUGUGUGCUGUGCCAAUUACCUUUUUUUUUAUUUAUUUUUAAUACUGUUUUCAUACUUGUUGGCAUCUUUUAUCUCUACUCCAAAGCAAUCCUAGGUGGGGAUCAAACCACCAACACUCUCAUCAUAGAGCAGUUAGUCUGCUCUAUAUUUGUGAGUAUAUUUUAACUAUUUUUAUCAUAUACAUCACUUGUUUUAUUUAGAGCACUAUCUGUCACCUUAUCUAUUUCUCCCUAGGAUUCUGUUAUCGUGAACCAAACCAAUAUAUCCUAUAAGUGGGCAUUAUACCACUGCAGAUUUACAAACAGAAUAUAGGAGGCGCUCAAGAAUGUAAGAUAAGGUGCAGCUGAUUCACCCAAGUAUAUUAGUCACUCAAUAUACUUAAAAGUGCAGAACAGUGUAAAUCAAAACAAGGUGAUAAGCGCACACACAUAGAAAGGAUAAGUUACCUCCCAUAUAGUCUUUUCUUAACUGAGAUAUAUAUAUAUAUAUCCUAAAUAAAAACAGAAAUAGGACACAACAUAGCGUAAUCUGUCAGGAUAAAUCAUAAGUAAGAUUUAGAAUUCAGAAAACUCACAAUUUUCUGAGCCCAUCAAAGUUGGCUCUGGACUUAUGAAGCAUAUAAACAAAUUCCUCUAGCAGUUGUGGUCCCAGAAGAUGCUGAAUAGCUGGAAGUAGGAACUCUAAAAGAAGUAGAUGUAUAAAGAGGAUUUAUUGCAUACAUAAAACAUAAAAUAAGUGCACAACGCAUUUCAACCCUGUACUUGGGUCUUUAUUAAACAGACUGAGGAAGCUCUUCAGGAGUGAAACACGUUUUGUCAUAUUGAGAACUCUCUUAUUUUAUUUUAUUUUAUAUUAUUUUAAAUACGUUAUAUGCUUAUAUUGUAUUAAUAAAUUACAAAUUUUAAGUCCCCAGGAGCCUAUAGAAUCUUCAUAGGGGUAGUGCCAUCCCCAUAAAUAUUGGCACAAAGCUAAUAUACCUCAGAGCCAGGAUCGGAGGGCUCUAGAAAAGGUGAGCAUUUUUCUUAUUCCACCCUCCACACCAUUUUAAAACAGACUGCACAUUGUUUCCCUUCUCUCCAUGUUUUGUCUUGGAUUGAAGGUGUGAUGCUGUCAUAAAAGCAUAAAGGCUUGUUUACUGAGCCAGUUUUUAUACACAGGCUCCAUCAAAUGUGAGUGCACUAAACUUCACCACUAAAUUAAUCUGAUUUUAUUUCACAUACCGUCUGCACUAUAUUGUAUUUUUUAUUUCUUUUACAUGUACUACUAAUCAAGUUUAUUAUCAAGUCACGUGGGGUAAAUUUACCCCCUCCCCCCACAUACUUCUCUUCAGCGCACCACUUACAGGUGUAGGUUUCAUACUUAUACCAUCUUAUAAACUUUAAUACUGCCAUAACACUGCAAAUAAACAUAGAGAACAGCUAUACUUUUUUUGUUACCAUGCUUAAUGCUUAGUAAUAGCUUGCAAUCACACAAUCCGAUAAACAUACUGCUGAGAACUUCACUCCUUCUAAUUAAGGGUAAAAAGAGGGAUUAUCCCAUAAACUGGGGGAAAAGAAGAAUUUCUGAUAGUGAUACUUUAUAAACAGAUAUUACAGUAGAUCUUUACAGUGAAAUAAUACUGCAAACCAAUAUACAGAACAACUUUAUUUAUUUUACUGUGAUUACCAUUUAGUUAGUAGUCUGUAAUUAUAACAUCUGAACCUUUAAAGGACUAAGUAUGAUAUGUUAAAAGUGCUGCAGAGGAGGAAGGAAAACAGAGACAAGAAAAAAAACAAGGAAACUAUAUAAAACAACUUAAAACUCCACCCUCCUUAUUAAAAAGAAAAGAAAUACGUUUAUACCCUAAAUUAGGAAAAAAGAAGAGAGAAAAAUAAAUAUAUAAGAACUGCAUUGUGGUUUAUGGACUUGUAUUGGACCAUGCUGGCCCUUUAAGAACCAUCUGGGGAUAUAUUGAGACUUUGUGUGACAAUGCCCCUUUAAGACUAUGUCCCCAGACCUUUCAAAUACUUAAAAAAAAAUUAUUAAAUACAAAUUUAAUAAAAUAUCCAGGAGUUGUUUAUAGCUGUGGACUAAUGAUUUUGCAAUUAAGUUUGCCAAAAAAAAACAAAACAAAACUAUUCAAUAAAAUAGAGCAAUAACAUCCAAUGUUUUCUUUCUCUAAGAAGGAAACUUAGAUUAGUAAAAUCCAAUGUAUAACAGUCUUUUGAUUAAAAUUGAAUAAAAUAAAAUAAAAAAUAAAUAAUCGUCUUUUUAAGAUCCUAUGUAUGUAAGCUAAUUCAGUUCACUCCAGUUAUAGAUGAACUGGUAUCUAGAUACUGAAUUAGUUAUUUUGUAUAGUACAAUAUAACGAUAUACAUGGUCCUUAUAAUUGAAAUAUUGUAUCUUGUACCACACGAAUACACAUAAAAUAACUGACAGGCUAUAUUAAGUGGCUUUCAGUUGUAGUAACACUUUACUACUAGUGAUAGGAAAUAAAGUAUAAAAUCCAAGUGCUGAAUGAAAAUAUUUAUUGUAGAAUAAGCUUUUUAAAAAGGGUAAAAUGAAAUAUAUGCUGGAUUUGAAGCAGGAGGAUGAAAUGAGCAGCUGAAGAAAGUGAAUGGACUGUACGAUCGUCACUUAAAUGAAUGGAUCGGUGAUAUUCUAUUCUGCGUUUCACCCGGUUUCCCUUCUGCGUUCCAGAUAGAAGUCGGCAGUAUUUCGGUAGAUGCCGGAAAGCAAUGCAGUGUAGUUCUGAAUGUCGUCCUAACGCAUUUCAUGAGACUUCUCUCACUUCAUCAGAGGAUGCUAGGACAGUCUUAUGGGUUUAAAUAGCCAGCGAAUUAACUGGCUUAUGUUAACUCUUUGUGGUUCAAUUCAUAGCACUGGAUUCAGUAAUGUAAACCAUACAUAAUGAAGAAUAAUAAUAAAAUUUAAACAUACAAUUAAUGAAUUAUAAUACAUAUUGGACCUAUACAUAUUAUUUCAUAUAAAAAUAAAAUAAAAAUAAACAGUAAUUCAUGAAUUCAAAAAUGUACAAAUAUUAAAAAAUGUACAAAUAUUAAUGAAUAGUUAAAAGGUAAUGUUAUUAGAAUUUUAAAAUAUAUUUAAUAUCAUUUUAAUAAUAAAAUGAAUGAUUGCAAAAUCAGACAAUAUAUUGUACAUUUGAUGCUUAAUAAAAACAUUAUUAUAAAACUCUUAUUGUAAAACACAUAAUAAAAACAUAUUAAUUAGCAAUACAAAUAUUCAGAGUUCAGAAUAAAGAUUUAAUAAUGUAGUAAGAAGAUGUCAAUAUAAAACUUCGCUCAGGCAUGAUAUAAAUCGUUGUGCUGGAAGAGAGGGAAAAGAAAAAAAAAAAGUAGAUUUCUAUGAAAAAGCUCUUAAUUCAAAAUCUACAUUCAGACCUUUAGGUUCUAACGUAUCUAGCUGAAAUAUCCAUUUGGCCUCUGCUUUAUCUAAUUCUUUUUCUAGAUCCCCUCCUCUCCAUGGAAUAUUUACUUUUUGGAUUGCCAUAAAACUAAGUCCCUUGGGAUCCCUUGCAUGUAUAAGAUUAAAAUGUCUCGAAAGGUUAUGUGAAUGAAGUCCAUUUUUAAUAUUCCUAAUAUGUUCUCCCAUUCGUGUUUUAAAAGCUCUUUUGGUACGUCCUAUAUAUAUUUUAUUACAAGGACAUUUUAAUAAAUAAAUUACACCAGUGGUGUUACAAUUUAGGUGUGAUUUUAUUUUAAAAAUUUCAUUUGUUUGUGGAUGGGUGAAUUCCGUAAUAUUUUUUUUUUUUGUAAAUAAAGUUUUUAUUAGCAGUUCAGACAAUAACAGAUGGCAGAGCUUAUAUCGUCAGUGAGACUCGCAGGUCUCCAAUUGCGUCUGACAUGAGUACCACCAGUUUUAGAUGAAUCUUUAUAGAGCGCUAUCGGAAGCGGAUGACUGCUGGCCCACAUCAGUGAGGGCAGUACAAUUCUAUAGCUGAACCUCAAUCAAAUGGUGAGUAGUGCGGUAGGUCCCAGGUCACGUCCUCUUACAUGGGGAGUGAGAAAGGGGUCGUUUUGCGGGAUCGGGUCCUAUAGUCGUGCACCUGGUCUGGGACUCCCUUUCCUGUUGUCUUUCCCUUAACUUCGGUGGUGCCUAGGUAUGUUGCGGGUUUUCUCCUGGGUCAGCUACCCUCUCGUUCUGAGUCCGCAUCCGAAUUCCGUAAUAUUUAAAGAUUGGUUUGGAUUGUUUAUACAUGCUUGACAUUUCUUGCAUUUCCAAAAACCUGUUAUUGUUUUAAAAGUGGUACUUUUAUUUUCCCUUGGUUUUUCCUGUUUUGUUGUGGGUGCUAGUAAUAGGCCUAAAUUAGGAGCUUUAGAAUGUACUAUUCGAGGUUUAUUACCUAAUAUUCGUUCUAAUUGAGGGUCUCCUUUUAAAAUAUUCCAAUUUUUUUGUAGAAUAUUUCUAAUUUGAUGAGUUUGGCUGUUAUACCUUGUUAUAAAAGUAGGAGCUUCCAGAUUAGAUAGGUCUUUAUGUGGCUUAGUUUCUAGAAUUUGAUUUCUGGAUAAGAGGGAAGUCUUAGUUUAAGCUUGGUUUAAAAUUUUGUUUGAGUAGCCUUUUGCUUUAAAUUGUGCUGUCAUCAUUUUGGUUUGUUCAGCACAAAUGUUUGGUUCAGAACAAUUUCUUUUUAUUCUCCUAAACUGGCUAAAUGGAAUAUUAUUUAGCCAUGUUUUUUUAUGAAAGCUGUUGUGAGGAAUGAAACUAUUACAUGCCACUGAUUUUUUAAAGGUUUUAGUUUCCAGUUUAUUAUUUUAAAUAUAAAUUUCGAGAUCUAGGAACUCAAGUUUUUCUGUAGACUGAUUAAAAGUAAAUUUUAAAUUGUAAGGGUUAAAAUUUAAAUAUUGUUUAAAAUUUUCUAACAUUAUGAUAUCUCCCUUCCAAAUAAAAAUGCAAUCAUCUAUAUAGCGAUGCCAUGAGACCAGAUUUGCGCCACAUGGGUUGUUGGACCAAAUAUGCUCAUCUUCCCAUUUACCCAUGAACAGAUUGGCGUAACUUGGUGCAAAUCUGGUUCCCAUGGCAUUGCCCUCAAUCUGGAGGUAAUAGUGAUUGUUAGCCCAAAAAAAGUUGUGGCUAAGGAUAAAAGCUACACAUUUCACAAUGUAUUCAAUUUGAUCAUUUUUAAGUUCUGAAAUAUUUGUUCUGAAUAUUUGUAUUGCUAAUUAAUAUGUUUUUAUUAUGUGUUUUACAAUAUGAGUUUUAUAAUAAUGUUUUUAUUAAGCAUCAAAUGUACAAUAUAUUGUCUGAUUUUGCAAUCAUUAAUUUUAUUAUUAAAAUGAUAUUAAAUAUAUUUUAAAAUUCUAAUAACAUUACCUUUUAACUAUUCAUUAAUAUUUGUACAAUUUAUAAUAUUUGUACUUUUUUUAUAUUUGUACAUUUUUGAAUUCAUGAAUUACUGUUUAUUUUUAUUUUAUUUUUACAUGAAAAAAUAUGUAUAGGUCCAAUAUGUAUUAUAAUUCAUUAAUUGUAUGUUUAAAUUUUAUUAUUAUUCUUCAUUAUGUAUGGUUUACAUUACUGAAUCCAGUGCUAUGAAUUGAACCACAAAGAGUUAACAUAAGCCAGUUAAUUCGCUGGCUUUUUAAACCCAUAAGACUGUCCUAGCAACCUCUGAUGAAGUGAGAGAAGUCUCACGAAACGCGUUAGGACAACAUUCAGAACGACACUGCAUUGCUUUCCGGCAUCUACCGAAAUACUGCCGACUUCUAUCUGGAACGCAGAAGAGAAACCAGGUGAAACGCACGCGGCUAGAAUAUUACCGAUCCAUUCAUCUAAGUGACGAUCGUACAGUCCAUUCACUUUCUUCAGCUGCUCAUUUCAUCCUCCUGCUUCAAAUCCAGCAUGUAUUUCGUUUUACCCUGUUUUUAAAAGCUUAUUCAACAAUAAAUAUUUUCAUUCAGCACUUGGAUUUUAUACUUUAUUUCCUAUCACUAGGAGUAAAGUGUUACCACAACUGAAAGCCACUUAAUAUAGCUUGUCAGUUAUUUUAUGUGUAUUCAUGUGGUACAAGAUACAAUAUUUCAAUUAUAAGGACCACGUAUAUUGUUAUAUUGUACUAUACAAAAUAACUAAUUCAGUAUCUAGAUACCAGUUCAUCUAUAACUGGAGUGAACUGAAUUAGCUUACAUACAUAGGAUCUUAAAAAGACAAAUUUAUUUUUUAUUUUAUUCAAUUUUAAUCAAAAGACUGUUAUACAUUGGAUUUUACUAAUCUAAGUUUCCUUCUUAGAGAAAGCAAACAUUGGAUGUUAUUGCUCUAUUUUAUUGAAUAGUUUUGUUUUGGGUUUUUUUUGGCAAACUUCAUUGCAAAAUCAUUAGUCCACAGCUAUAAACAACUCCUGGAUAUUUUAUUAAAUUUUUAUUUAAUAAAAUUUUUUUAAUGUUUGCAUUAUCAGAGAUCUGUUAGUGGAGUCUCUAUUUUUUCCAGUUGAGCAGUUUUUUUUAGCUUUGCCACAACUUAUUCUCUAGAUAGAGGUUUCUUUUUUUGGAAUCUCAACUAUUUAACCCUUUCAAAUACUUUGUCUAUGGCUUUCUCCCAGUUGGUUUAGUAAAUGGAGCUUACUGAACCAGGUAACACUCAGAAUGGUUGUCGUUCGUCUGUUUGAACUGACUUUAACAUGGGAAAUAGACCAACCGCACAGCCUGAUUCUCUGGAACUGUUUUGGGCAUGAAAAUGUGCUUGCGGUCAGUCAUAAAGGACUCCCAGCUAACGUUUUAUCUACUGGGGGGAUUUGUAUGAUUUUUGGGUAUGUUUAUAUUUAAAGUAUGCUGAUUCUGAAUAUGUAUGUUUUAUGUAAAGUUACAGUAUAUGUGUAAAAAGUGUAUUUUUCCUGCCUGUGAUAAAUUACAUUAACCCAUUGUGUUCAGUAAUUAUAUCACAGGCAGAGGGGAGGGAUUGAAUGUUGGGGCUGGGUGUGUUUUAUGGUUUUCCUGUAAAUGAUUGGUUGUACUGUGUCCCACCCUCUGGGAUGUCCCCUUGCAUGGGGACUUGCAUAAAAGCCAGUGUGUGGUCAUUAAAAGUCAGAUCAUCUUGUACCUUCAUGAAGUUUCGGCUCAUGUUUGGGGGAUUGGAGAACUACACUCUGGGGAUUGCUAUAAUCACUAUACUCCCCAAGGUAUAAUCACUAAGCUCUGCUAAGAGCUUGUUCCUGUUCCUGCUCUCUGGAAUUCGGAGAGAGGUCGACCUACUGGAAGCUGGACCCUGGUCUUGAGUCCAGAGUGGGUGGAGACGGCGAGACCCCAACCAAGCUGCGGCGGUUCGUGGGGUCUGCAGUGGUUAUGGUGUCGGGCAGAGUGCUUGGAGUCCUCGGAAAGCACUAGGAGCAUCCGUCAGCGGAAGGUACCCGGUCGGGGUGCCAGCGGUUCCGUUACAGCCUCAAUCACGUGAAUUGUAUAAUAUCUAAAGAGUAAGAACAACAAAACUGGUGGUACAAAAGACAAAGAAUCUGAAACUAUAUUAAUGAUUACCAGCAAGAAAGUCCCAGUUUUCUUUUUUCUGACAACCCAGCGAAGACUCUCAGAAAUUUCACUAACCACUUCUGACAUAGGUGAAGCGAAAGUCUAUGAUACAGUCUGCAGUCCUCAUUGGAGAAUAAAGUUAAAACUCUAGAAGAAAGAAUAGAUGUAACAACUCAAAUGGAAACAAAAACUGACGACUUUACCAGAUGAAAAAUGGAUCACUCUAGAACAAAGGACAACAGACAUAGAAACAGAACAAAAAGACAAAACCUUCCAAUAACGAACAUCUCAGAAACGGUAACUUAUGACAAACUAGAAAAUUUCAAAGCUAAGUUAAGCUAGAUAAGAAAGAAACAAUUAUUGAACGUUGUCAUAGAAUACACAUAGACAGAAAUCAAUCUCAGAAUGAAUACCAAGAGAUGUUAUAGUCCUUUUUCAGUCAUAUAAAACAAGAGUCUGUUUUGAGAGCAUCACGAUUCUGUAGCACAGUUGGAGAGAAAUUCUCUAAGAUUUUGAUAUUUCUAGAUCUGUCGUUCCAGAUAAGACAAAUCAGAAAUUCAUAUGCACAAAUAACAAAAGAAUUAAGAGAAAUAAAUAUACAGUAUAAAUGGGGACACCCAGUGAGCUUGAUAAUUCAAGAAAAGGAUAUGACACACCUUUAAAUCUCCAGGAAAGGUCAAAGAAUGGCUAUCAAGUAAAAGUCGUUAAAGGAAGAGAGAUGGAAAAGGGACAGAGGGAUGAGAAAGAAAAGAGAAGACAACAUUCUGUAUAUAAUACAAAAGUGAGUACACCCCUCAUAUUUUUGUAAAUAUUUUAUUAUAUCUUUUCAUGUGACAACAUUGAAGAAAUGACACUCUGCUACAAUGUAAAGUAGUAAAUGUACAGCCUGUAUAACAGUGUGAAUUUGCUGUCCUCUCAAAAUAACUCCAUACACAGCCAUUAAUGUCUAAACCGUUGGCAACAAAAGUGAGUACACCCCUAAGUGGAAAUGUCCAAAUUGUGUCCAAAGUGUCAAUAUUUUGUGUGGCCACCAUUAUUUUCCAGCACUGCCUUAACCCUCAUGGGCAUGGAGUUCACCAGAACUUCACAGGUUGCCACUGGAAUCCUCUUCCACUCCUCUAUGAUGACAUCACGGAGCUGGUGGAUGUUAGAGACCUUGUGCCCCACCUUCAAUUGGAGGAUGUCCCACAGAAGCUCAAUAGGGUUUAGGUCUGGAGACAUGCUUGGCCAGUCCAUCACCAUUACCUUCAGCUUCUUCAGCAAGGCAGUGGUCGUCUUGGAGGUGUGUUUGGGGUUAUUAUGUUGGAAUACUGCCCUGCGGCCCAGUCUGCGAAGGGAGGGGAUCAUGCUCUGCUUAAGUAUGUCACAGUACAUGUUGGCAUUCAUGGUUCCCUCAAUAAACUGUAGCUGCCCAGUGCCAGCAGCACUCAUGCAGGCCCAGACCAUGACACUCCCAAGACCAUGCUUGACUGUAGGAAAGACACACUUGUCUUUGUACUCCUCACCUGGUUGCCGCCACACAAGCUUGACACCAUCUGAACCAAAUAAGUUUAUCUUGGUCUCAUCGGACAUCAGGACAUGGUUCCAGUAAUCCAUGUCCUUAGACUGCUUGUCUUCAGCAAUCUAAUUGCGGCUUUCUUGUGCUACAUCUGUAGAAGAUGCUUCCUUUUGGGAUGACACCCAUGCAGACCAAUUUGAUGUCACUCUUACUCCCGGUAUCACUUACACUCAGUGUCUGUCACUCUCACUCCCGGUAUGCCUCACACUCAGUGUCUGUCACUCUCACUCCUGGUAUCCCUCAAACUCACUGUCUGUCACUCUCACUCCCGGUAUCACUCACACUCAGUGUCUGUCACUCUUACUCCCGGUAUCCCUCACACUCAGUGUCUGUCACUCUCACUCCCGGUAUCACUCACACUCAGUGUCUGUCACUCUCACUCCCGGUAUCCCUCACACUCAGUAUCUGUCACUCUCACUCCCGGUAUCCCUCACACUCAGUGUCUGUCACUCUCACUCCCGGUAUCCCUCACACUCAGUGUCUUUCACUCACACUCCCAGUAUCCCUCACACUCAGUGUUUGUGCUGUUUGCAGGUUUUCACUCUAUCCAGCAGAUGACUGGCUGUGAGCUGAGGGAUGAUGGCAAUAUCACGGGAUACAAUAAGUUCGGUUUUGACGGGAAGGAUUUCCUGGCUCUGGAUAUGAAGCACGGUGUUUAUGAUCCGCUCACAGACCAGGCUCAAAUCAUAGCACAGAAACUGAACAGCCCGGAUGAGAGACAAGGGGAGAGAGACAAGAGGAUCCUGGAGACUCUGUGCAUCGAAUGGCUGAAAAAAUUAUUACAGUACGGCAAGGAAGAACUGGAUAGGAAAGGUGGGUGCUUGGUAUGGGGGAGGGGCUACAUGGGGUAGGUGGGGUGUGUAUGAAGGAGGAGCUGCACAAGGGAGGUGUAUGGGGGAGGAGUUUCACACAGACGGUGCAAGGUAAAGGGAGGAACUACACAUUUCUGUGGUGUUUGUGUUUAGCUGCAAUUUUCCUCUUACUCAUUUACUGCACCCACACAUAUUAUAUACCGUUGUUCUCUUUCUAAAGAUAUAAUAAUUAAUUAAUAACCAUAAUUUUCAUCAUAUCAUAUAAUUUACUAUAAAACAAAUUAUAAAAUAUGAUGAACAAAUUGAAAAAAAAAAACACACUUUUUCGAACUUUGACCCCCAAAAUCUGUUACGCAUCUACAACCGUCAAACAACACCCAUGCUAAAUAGUUUCUACAUUUUGUCCUGAGUUUAGAAAUACCCAAUGUUAACAUGUUAUUAGCUUUUUUUUUUGGAAAGUUAUAGGGCUAUAAGUACAAGUAGCACUUUGCUAUUUCAAAACCAAUUUUCUUUUUUUAAAUUAACGCAAGUUACAUUGUAACACUGAUAUCUCUCAGGACUCCCUGAAUAACCCUUCAAAUGUGUAUAUUUUUUAAAAGAAGACAACCUAAGGUAUUAAUCUUGGGGUAUUUUGACUCUUUUCAUGCAACCAUUUUACCCCAUUUUACCACCAAUCUAUGCCAAUUUAUGCCAAAUUUAAAAAAUAAAAUAAAUUGGUGACUUAUUUUGACACACAUAGCAAUUUAAGAAAACAUGUAUGGAGAACUUUAAGGGUUACUGCCAAAAAACACCAAAAUAUGUGUUCAGCAACAUCUCCUGAGUACAGUGAUACCACCCAUCUAUAGGUGUGUCGGGUUCUUUGGGGGAUAAAAGACCUUAUUUGGAGGGUGCGCAUUCCAGUUUUCCAACUUGGAAUUUUCACAGCUGGUCAUCAUGCACCCAUGUCCUUGGGACAUUUCUGAAGCCAGCCAAUGUAAUUUACCCGUAUCAAACCAUAUAUUUUUUUUAAUGGUGGUAUUUUAACACUUUCCAUGCACUAAUUCUACCACCAAUCCUUGUCAAACGUUUGGGUCGUAAUUGUUUUGUUUUUUUCUCUCACAUUGUACUUUAGGCAUGGAUUCUCAGUUCCUGUUAUGUGUAACUGCCAAAGAACACCCCAAUAUGUGUUCAGCAACAUCUCCCGAGUACAACAGUGCCCCCAAUGUACAGGUUUUAUGGGUUUUUGCCAACUUACAGGGGUCAAAUGUAGGGCUUUCCCCUUUUCCAUGUUUGCACAUCGAAAUUUGCCAGACUGGUUUGCUGGGCCUAUAUUGCCUGUGAGACCAUAUAGCAGCCCAGGAGUGAAAAUUAGCCCCAUCAUGGCAUACCAUUUGUAGAAGUGGACAACCCACGGUAUUCAACAUGGGGUACGUCCAGUCUUUUGUAGUAACGACCAAAGUUUGCGUUUUUAUUUGUUUUUUGCAUUUUUUACACAGAAACUGCACUUUUACUAGUGAUUUCAUCGUCGUGAUAUGUUUUACUGUUGUAAACUCUCAAAUUCGUGUUCAGCGAAGUCGCCCGAGUAUAAUAAUACAACCCAUGUACAGGUUUUAUGGUAUUUUGGAAGUUACGGGGUCAAUAUAGGGCUUGCCCAAUUCAGUUUGCCAGAUUGGUUUGCUUGGUCUGUGUCGCCUUUUGAGACCAUAUGGUAGCCCAGAAAUGUGAAAUAACUCCAUCAUGGCAUACCAUUUUCAAAUGUAGAUAACCCAGGGUAUUCAAAAUGGGGUAUUUCCAGUCUUUUGUAGUAGCCACUUAGGCACAAAUGCUGGCCAAAGUUAGUGUUUUUAUUUGUUUUUUUAUAAAAUAAAAUUUUAUUUUUACUUAUAUUAUAUAUUAUUAUUAUUAUUUAUAUAGUGCCAUCACAUUCUGUAGCACUGUUAUAUAUAUAUAUAUAUAUAUAUAUAUAUAUAUACACACACACAUAAUAGGUGUGUAUGUAUAUAUAUAUAUAACAUACACAAGAUCCAAAGCACUCACCUAUCCACUAAACAGCAACUUCAAUGUUGACACAUUUUAUUCGUUUUUUUUAUAAUCACCUAAUCUAGGCAAAAAUAAUGGGGGUUUAGUUACAUUAUAUGAUCAUACAUUGCAUAAGUCUGCCACAACGUAUCUACAGUCAGGUCCAUAAAUAUUGGGACAUCAACACAAUUCUUAUAUUUUUGGCUCUAUACACCACCACAAUGGAUUUGAAAUGAAAUGUGAACAAGAUGUGCUUUAACUGCAGACUUUCAGCUUUAAUUUGAGGAUAUUUACAUCCAAAUCAGGUGAACGGUGUAGGAAUUACAACAGUUUGUAUAUGUGCCUCCCACUUUUCAAGGGACCAAAAGUAAUGGGACAAUUGGCUGCUCAGCUGUUCCAUGGCCAGGUGUGUGUUAUUCUCUCAUUAUCCCAUUUACAAGGAGCAGAUAAAAGGUCCAGAGUUCAUUUCAAGUGUGCUAUUUGCAUUUGGAAUCUGUUGCUGUCAACUCUCAAUAUGAGAUCCAAAGAGCUGUCACUAUCAGUGAAACAAGCCAUCAUUAGGCUGGAAAAAAAAAAAAAAACCAUCAGAGAGAUAGCAAAAACAUUAGGUGUGGCCAAAUCAACAGUUUGGAACAAAAAGAAGGAACGCACCGGUGAGCUCAGCAACACCAAAAGACCUGGAGGACCACCGAAAACAACUGUGGUGGAUGACCGAAGAAUUCUUUCCCUGGUGAAGAAAACACCCUUCACAACAGUUGGCCAGAUAAAGAACACUCUCCAGGAGGUAGGUGUAUGUGUGUCAAAGUCAACAAUCAAGAGAAGACUUCACCAGAGUGAAUACAAGGGUUCACCACAAGAUGUAAACCUUUGCUGAGCCUCAAAAGCAGGAAGGCCAGAUUAGAGUUUGCCAAACAACAUCUAAAAAAGCCUUCACAGUUCAGGAACAACAUCCUAUGGACAGAUGAGACCAAGAUCAACUUGUACCAGAGUGAUGGGAAGAGAAGAGUAUGGAGAAGGAAAGGAACUGCCCAUGCUCCAAUGCAUACCACCUCAUCAGUGAAGCAUGGUGGUGGUAGCGUCAUGGCGUGGGCAUGUAUGUCUGCCAAUUGAACUUGUUCUCUUGUAUUUAUUGAUGAUGUGACUGCUGACAAAAGCAGCAGGAUGAAUUCUGAAGUGUUUCGGGCAAUAUUAUAUUAGAGGCCUGGCAGAGCAUCACCAGGGAUGAAACCCAGCGUCUGGUGAUGUCUAUGCAUUCCAGGCUUCAGGCUGUAAUUGACUGCAAAGGAUUUGCAACCAUGUAUUAAAAAGUAAAAGUUUGAUUUAUGACCGUUAAUCUGUUUGGUCCCUUAAAAAGUGGGAGGCACAUAUAUAAACUGUUGUAAUUCCUACACCGUUCACCUGAUUUGGAUGUAAAUACCCUCAAAUUAAAGAUGAAAGUCUGCAGUUAAAUCACAUCUUGUUUGUUUCAUUUCAAACCCAUUGUGUUGGUGUAUAGAGCCAAAAAGAUUAGAAUUGUGUCGAUGUCCCAAUAUUUAUGCACCUAACUAUAUAUAUAUAUACACAUAUACAUAUAAUACGCGUGUAUAUAAUACGUGUGUUUGUGAAUAUAUACACACACACACACUUUUAUUUCCUAUAUAUGUAUAAUAGAUUCUAAUUAAAGCAUUUUAUAAUAUAUUAUACAUAUAUAAUGCAUAUAUAUGAUUUCAUUAUAAGUGUAUUUUGAGAUAUAUGUGUAUAUUAUAGUGCCAGUGGAACAAGGGGAAAGUCUCUUGGGUGAGGCCAGGCAGGAGGCUAGUAAGCAGGCUACUCCAGGAGCUUUUGGCAUAGGUACGUUUGUUACAAUAUAUGUAAUGUGUUUUUAGGUUUUAGCUUUAUAAUGUGUGUGUGUGUGUGUGUACGGGAUGCAUUGUGUUUCUUUGUGUGUGUGUGUUAGUCAAGCAGUGUGCGUUUAUGUGUGUGGGGGUUUGCAUUCGGUGUUUCUGUGUGUGGAAGAAAUGCAUUGUGUUUCUUUGUGUGUGUGAGGCAAGUAGUGUGCGUUUCUGUGUGUGUGUGAGUUGCAUUGGGUGUUUCUGUGUAUGAAAAGGAUGCAUUGUUUUUUUUCUGUGUGUAAGGGAUGCAAUGUGUAUGUAAGGGUUGCAUUGUGUGUUUCGGUGUGUGAGGGAGGGUUUGUGUAAGGGAUGCAAUGUGUGUUUCAGUGUGUGUAAGGGAUGCAUUGUGUGUGUUUCCGUGUGUGUAAGUAAUGCAUUGUGUGUUUCAGUGUGUUUAAAUAAUGUAUUGUGUGUUUAGGUAUGUUUAAGGGGUGCAUAGUUUGUUUCUGUGUGUAAGGGAUGUAUUGUGUGUGUAAGUAAUGCAUUGUGUGUCUCAGUGUGUGUAAAGGAAGCAUUGUGUGUAUAAAUGAAGCAUUGGGUGUUUCAGUGUGUAUAAAUGAAGCAUUGUGUGUUUCUGUAUGUGUAAGUGAUGCUUUGUUUGUGUCUAUGUGUAAGAGAUGCAGUGUGUGUGUAAAGGAAGCAUUGUGUGUUUCAGUGUGUGUAUUGGAUGCAUUGUGUGUGUAAGGGAUGCCUGGUGUGUUUCAUUGUGUGUAAGGGAUGCAUUGUGUGUGUAAGGGAUGCGUGCUGUGUUUCUCUGUGUGUGUUCUUUGUGUUUCACUUCAUGUGUGUAAGGGAAGCAUAAUAUGUCUCUGUGUGUAGUGAGGCAUUGUGUGUUUCUGUUUGUGUAGAGAUGCAUUGUGUGUUUCUGUGUCUGUGUAGUGUGAGAGAGAGUUUGUGGGGUAGGAUUUUUAUAAAAAAAAUUUUUUAAAGAUUGUUAUUAUAAUUUUUUUUUUUUUAAGUGUUUUUUUCCCCCUUCCCUGUAUUGUACCUGUAUCAGGGAAUGGGAACAGCAUAUUCCCUGGUGGUCCGGGGCGCUGUAGAGGCUCUCUCCCUUCACCUCUGUUGCUCUUCUCGCAAGUCCCGUCACCACGUAGAAUUGAGCGCUGCCAUAGUAACAGAAACAAGGCCCAAACGCAGAGGUGAAUACUGAGAUCCUCCUGUCCACCAGUAGUGGUGCACAAACUCUGCAAAGACUUUUGAAUUCCCUUACUAAGUCUGUGUGUAUGUAUGGGGCCCAGGCCACUGCAGAUAGAGAACCCGGCUUGCGGGACCCACUGGUGGCCUGUGUCCCCUACAAGUGCAGGGACUGUACCCCUUGUCCAGAUCGCCGGGCCUGUGACAAAUAUACAACAUCCAGCGCACUCACAUAUUCACUAAACACCAAUUUCAAGUCUCACAGAGACAUUUUAUUUAGCCAAUCCCCUAAUCCUUCCACAGUUCAAUCUGAAGAUGUUCAAAGACUCUGCAUAAAACAGUAUCUUAGCAGAAUCUAACCCACAGUCUGCAAAAAGUCACCCCACAAAAAGUGCAGAGCCUGUUACAAAAAGAGACAUUGGAAAGGAGUCUACAUACUAUUGCCACUCCUGCCCAUCUCUACCUGGCCUAUGUGCUUUUGAUUCAGACCUUGUACAGUUGCUUCCUUCCUUAAAGGGUUAAAUGAGCACUCCACGCAGCUGAAGCACUUUAGCUUGCUGAACUGCUUUAUGUGUGACGUGUGUACCCCCUUUUUUCAUUUACAAAAAGUACACAAUUCAAUAGAAAUUGGCACUUUUCUAAAUUCAGGUUUUCUUUUGCUGUGUUCUCACCAGCCCUCCAACACACUCAGAGGUCAUUAAAGUAAGACUUUCUUCUAUUAUCUUAUGGACUCUUGCCUGUAUAUACGUUUAGUUAUUUUAUCUAGUAAAUUAUUAUAAAUAUUAAACUACUGAGAAAGGCAAAUGUCUAACAAAACCAAACAUUUGAUUUGUUCCUCCUGUGUUCAUGCCAUGCCAGAUGGCUACAAGAAGAAAGUUUGUGGCAAUUGUUCUAAAGAAGCUUCUGAGGAAGCUAAAAGGCGAAAAAGAUUUCAUCUUCUUGUCAUGGUUCCAAAAUACUGUAUAAAAAAUAUUUUGUACAUAAGAACAGCUGCCAUUCAAUCUACACAGUCUUUACUGUGUACCUUACAGCUAGCAAAUACCCUUUUAAGGCAAACACAAAAACAUUUUGAGGUUACAGAUUCAAGUUCUGUUCCUCAUCCGUUGACUUUGCCUCCGAAGGUUCUACUGUCUCCUCUGAUGAGGAAAAUGACUUGGUGGUGUUAAGCACCAGUGUUUGAGCGACCACGUACCAAGGCCCUGAUGCAGCUUCUGCGGAUCCCAAGAGCUAGGAGCUUGAUGCAGACCUCCCAGGAAGCAGAUAGAGAGGCUCUGCAGGAGAUAUGUAUCCAGUACAGAAACAAGGCAAGACUAGGACAGGCACCUAGCAAGAAAACAAGACAAGACAAGACUAGAAGAACUCAGAACUGGAGCAGGACAGAAAUCAGAAGCCAGAACAUGUACACAAGACAUGAGGGAAACAUGAGUAGGGCAGGACAGGACUGUACAUGAACUGGGAAUACAAGACAAAAUAAAACAUGACCAGAUAUGAAAGGCAAAACAAGAGGAGACAUAACUAAGUACUAAUAUGUGCAAUAAACAUUGGAGAUUUAGACAUACAUAAAUGGCCAAGAUGUAUGCAGCCCACCCCUGUGUCAAAGUACUCCAAUUAUGGUGGGUUCCUAUCUGCCUAGAUAUGCAUGACUAAAUAAACAAUAAUAAAACACACACAGCACUUACCUGUAAGAAAGGGGCAGAGGACUUGGAACAACUGUGUGACGAAGUGCCCUUCGCCACUUGUGCCUGGAGAGGACUGCUUGCCUGCCUCUUGCCCUGUGACUAUGGACCCUGGGAGAUUUGGCCCGUUCAAUUCAGUAUGAUAGGAGUUAUGUAUUUUUGUAUCCUUUUGUGUUUUACUGGGAACAUGUGCUCAAUGGAGUCUGCUUCUAUCCCUGGAUAAUUGGAUUACUUUCCCCAUUGUCUCCAGGCUAGAGGGCUCUGUAAAACCAGUUUGGGCCAGAUAUCCAUGCUGCCAGCCAGGCCCCAAAAUAUACUUUACUAACUUCUGAACCCCUGGUCUGAUUCAUGCCAUUUUUUGAUAUGUUGUUUCCCUGAAUGGAUUGAUUGUGAAUAUAUAAUUUUUAUGUGAAUGUGAUGUAUAUUUUAGAAGUUAUGAAUGCUGUAAAAACUGUAUUAGUUCUGGCCAGCAGAUAAUUGAGCUUUGUGUAUUGUAGAAACUCAAUUAUCUAGCCUGGCCCAGAGGAGGAGUUUUGUGUUGCAUAAAUUGUGAGUUCUGUGUGCCAGUAAAUCAGUCUUGUUCCAGCAUUAAGCUUUGGCUCAUGUUUGGGGGAUUGGAGAAAUACACUCUGGGGAUUGCUAUAAUCACUAUACUCCCCAGGGUAUGAUCACUAAGUUCUGCUAAGAGCUUGUUCCUGUUCCUGCUCUCUGGGGAAAGAGAGGUUCACCCACUGGAAGCUGGAUCCUGGCCUUGGGUCCAGGGUGGGUGGAGACAGCAGAGACCCCGGCGCAGUUGCAUCGCUGGAAGUGGGGUCUGCAGUGCUGAUGGUGUCAGUUGGAGUGCUUGGAGUCCUCAGCGAGCACUAGGAGCAUCGAUUGGCGGAGGUACUCAGUCGGAGUGCCAGCGGUCCGUCACAAACUUCCUGCAGGAACCAACUGAAACAAAAGGAUUCAUGGGAAAGGAACGGGUGUGGCAACAAAAAACAAGCAUUUAAAGGAAUCCAAGAGACUGGGAAUUCCAGGAACGGAAUACAGGAAUGAACCCAGAAAACCCAGCAUAAAGAAAACCAGACAUGGAAUAGAAAACCAGAAAAACCAAGAAAAACUAAACAAGAAUUGUAAAAAGAGUACGGGAUACCAGAAGCCAAGGCCAGACAUCUCAGCAGAACAGGACAGGAUGUGACAAUAUCUCAACAUUUUAAAACGUUAUUUUUCAUUAAAGAAGUUAGAAGAAAAAUUGGAUCCAGGAUUCCAUGGAUAAAAAAAGCAGAAUCUUCUUUAAUAAAACAGUUUUUCACUAUGGCAGCACUAAGAAAAGCCCUUAUUGCAGAAACAUCAAUGGCUUAAUUUGGGUGAAUCCAAGGGAGAUCUUUUGAAACUUUAACAUAACAUUAGAAUGGCAUCUAACUUUUGUGCAGAUUCCACAUCUGAAGUUGGGUUUCUCCAAUGUAGCCAGGAGGACAGUGUGGCUUAGAUCAGCAGAUUCAGCUUUAAAGAACACCCUUUGUGAUCUACCCUUUGAAAACUAUUUUGGUCACAUCUGGAUGAUUUGCUCAAACAGAUGGCAGAAGGGGAAAAAAGCCAAGUGGAACAAAACAUUCUUCUGCAGAAACAAAUCUUCCUAUAGGGAUUCUAUUUCAUAGACCCACAUCUAGAAGAAACCAGAGGCAGCCUUUUGACUAUAAGAACAAGGGAAAGUUCUCUGAGGAAAAACAAGGAUCGUAGAUUAUGUCGCCAUUUCUGUUGAAGGAAGACUCCAGGAUUUUUCGCCAGAAUGGAAAAAUACCACCACACAAAACGGAAUCCUGUCAAUUGUAAAAAGAGACUACUGAUUGGAAUUAAGCAAAAUAUUUCCAAGAUGUUUAAUUUGUUAUGCAGUCCAUUUUCUCAGUACAGCCUUCUUUUCAAAGAAGUCCAAACAACAUUGAAGAAAAAAGUAAUCAAAGAUCUUCCCAAAGCAAGGAGUGUCUCUUAAACAGUUUGGCAAAUUUUCUAUAGUAUCCUUAAAGAGAUAAUCAAGCCAUUUGGCUAGUGGCUCCAUAAUCCCUUCCUAUGGCAGACACUAUAGGCCAUCCUGGUGGAUUAUCUUUGUUCUUGUGGAUCUUCAGUAGUGUGUAGAAGACAGGUGUCUUAGGACAGGUCUUGAAUGAGUAUUGAUAUAGAUCUGGUGUUAAUUCGAAUCCAACCCUUUCUGUUGGAUCACUGGAUAAUUUCAUGUAGGUGUUGGUUACUGAAAGUUGUUGUAGUAUUUCAAUCUGAUAAUCGUUAUAGUCUGUGUUUGCUUUGCUAUCUAAAUAUAAAGGGUUUCUCUUACCACCAUGACCACUUCAGUGAUUUGAUCAUGGUGGAAAGUGUCUGUGUAGUGUUUCAGUUUGAAAAACUGCACAUACUGAGUUAUUGUAAAUUGUGUGCUGGGGGCCAGUUGCACCCCCAACACACGUGACUCCGGCAGCCCAGAACUCUGUUCCAAACUGCUCAAUUUCAAUUCUAUGCAUAAAAACAUAUGUCAUCGACAGCCGUAAAACUCAUCCUACAAGCAUGCAGAGCUCCUGCAAGGGGAAGAUAGUUUUCCCCUCUCUCCCUCCUACUGUAUACUCUCUCCGCUAACUGAAUGUUUUUUUGUUGUUGUUGUUUUUUUGUACAAUAAAGGUCUCCGGUGAAUCAGUCCAAUCACAGGCUUCUCUGAGAAUCCUGUGAUUGGACCACGCAAAUGCCAGGUGACUUCAGGACAGAGCAUGGAAGAUCAGCACUGGGAUCUUUGCCCAGCGCUGGUAUAAGGUAAGUUUAAAAGUUUUUAAUACAGUUUGGGGGGCUGGAGAUCUAUUAUUAACUUAUAUGUCAGUACAAUCUAAAAAAGUGAUUGUUUAAGGGUUGGAGUAACCCUUUAAUCUGUAUUUUAUUUAUAUAUUUUUCUUUUCUAAUCUCAGUUCGACCAGAGGUGAAGGUUUCAGAUCAGAAAGCAGAUGGAGCCACAAAGAUUUACUGCCACGUCUACGGGUUUUACCCCCAGGACGUGGAUGUGAAUUGGAAGAGAGAUGACGUUGACGUUCCCUCAGAUGAACCCAGACAAGUUCUUCCCAAUAUGGAUGGCACUUACCAGAUCACAGUUACUGUGGAAGUACCACUAAAGGACACAGGGAAAUACACCUGCCAUGUGGAACACAUCAGCUUGGAGAAACCACUUAUAGUAAAUUGGGGUACGUGUCACAAUAACACAGAUAUCAUGAGUUGUUUUUCAGUGUGGGCUUUUUGAGUAAUUUUAGUCUCUAUCGGUCGUAAAGUAAUAAACUCAAUAAUAUGAUAAUUACAGAAAAGGGUGAGUGUAAUGGAGCUCCCUGUACCCCUGGCUGGGUACCUCCACCAAGGACCGCUUCUUACCUGGAGCAGUGGACAAACCACAGCACUUCUGCCCACAGUCGCCGUGGUUUGACUGGGGUCCUGGAACCGCUCCCUCCUGGAGCCGAAUGGGGAACUUGCUCUAUCAACCCCCAGGCACUGGAUGACACUCAGUCCUGGGAGCUCUAGUCCUUACAAGAACUUUCCCCAAUGAAUCCUCCACACUGGAACAGUGAUUAGCCCUUUCCCAUCCCAGUAUCCAGACAACACAUAGUUCUGGGAGUACAAGCUGGAAUGUUUUAAUCUGGCCAGAUGGUCUGCUGUUAUACAGUUUCAGAUACAGUUGAUCACGCUCAUGACACUCCCAUACAAACAAGAUAAUCCCUCUUCUGGACUAGUUACCAGUCCCAAACUCCUCCCCUGUGCCUGAGAGAUAAUUGUGUCAGGAACUGAACCAACUCAAUUUUCUCAGCGCUUCUACCCCAGUUGACGUGGCUUUACUGGGGUCCUCCUGGAGCCUGUCGAUCCUGGGACAAGGUAGGGGACUAGCUCUAUUUCCUCUCAAGGACUUGACGACACACAGUCCUGGGAGCUAUAGUCCUACAAGGACUUUCUUUGAGGAAGGGACUAUUUGAGAUAGCUUUAGUAACUUGCAAUCCUAUUUAGGUGACUUGGUGGAAUUCUAGUAUUUACUUUUUUUAAAUCAAUAAAAGUAACACUUUAGUCAAGGAAGACUAUUGCAAUUUGAUUACCAAUACUUCAUAGGACAGUCCAGUCUUUCUUCAGUGUGGAUAAGUUUCCGUUUUUAGGGUAACCCCAGAGUGAGUGUUCUUAUUGAUCAAGCUCAUUUGUUGGUGUUUAGUAUAAUUAUUAAAGAACCAGGUGAAAUUUAGCAAAGCUGUAUUAGCACAGCAGCAUCAUUUAGAAGUCGGGGCAGGACACACAUAUGAAGAUCUCAAAUGCAAAAAAACUGGCUGCAUGUCAAGAGUGGAAAAGAGAAGAAAUACAGGAAGAGAACCCACCUCCUCUUCAGCACCAGAGAGACCAUAUAGGACAGACUGCAAAAUGCUACCAGCAGCCAAAAGUCUUCAAACUAGUAGAGGCUGGUGGGGAGCCAGACUGGUCACUUCAUGGAUUUGAAUCUAUCCCUAAAUGUUUUUAAUAAUGAAUAGGAAUAUGCAUGGCACUACUACCUUCAAAAUCUGUGGACUAUCCCAAAGAUAGGGAAUAAACCACAUAGAUAUUCUUAUUAAAGAAUAAAAUAAAUAGGGUAUUUUAAGGCCAAACUAAAAUUUCAAGUGUAAUACAGAGGUUUUCCACUAGAUGCCUCCAAAUGAUUACUUUGCAAAUAUUUAUUUUACAGUAAAGUGCUUAAUGCAAUACAAAUUUAUUCAGUAGGAAAAUUAAAAUAAAAAAAUAUUAUUUAUAAAGCACCAACAAUUCUGCAGAACUCUACAAUAGGUGGACUAGCAGACAAGUGUGACGGACGUCUGGUACCCCGGCUGGGUACCUCCGUCAAGCUUGCUUCCUAGCUCUCACCGAGACACCAGCAGCGUUCCAGCCCCUAGCUGCCGCAGCUUGGCUGGGGUCUCGCUGUCUCUUACCACCCUGGAGAAGGGUCCUGGAUACAGCUUCAAGUGAUUAAGCUCUCCUGCAGAGACUAUAGCUGUGUAGCUGGUCAACCCAAACACUAGCCUAGACUGAGUGAAGGGUGAAAAGGAAUUGGUUUAUUAUGGCCAAAUUGCCUGUUUAUAUACAUGGCUCCCAGCAGAGGGUCUCUAUUCAAUACAACACAAGCCCCUCCCAUAGAUCUCUGGGCCUGGGAGAUAAUUGCGUUAAAGACCAGUAUGCUAAUUAUCUCCCAGGAAUAGAGAACCAAACACAAAAUAUAAAAACAUAAAAGUACCCCAAAACAUAAUAAAAACACACAAUAACCCCACAAAUCAUACAAAGCACUCAGAUCCAUACAGCACAAGGGAAUCGCCACUGUGUCACAAGUUCUGACCGGCCGUACACAUGGCCCCAUGCCCAAAACAGUUCCAGGGCAGUUAGUGCUUUUGCCGGUCAUCUUUCGGGAGCUCCUGCGGCCAAAAUACGGAGUGCUCCUCCUGGCUUUCAUGAAGAGUUUAUUCAUCUUAGUCUCAGGCACAUUCCCUCCUAAAAGCAAUUGCAUGGUGGUUCGCAAAGUGGUCAAAACCACCGGACCAAGUUGCCUGGGAACCACACGGUCCCCUAGCCGAAAAUAUUUCCAGAGUAAUCAAAGCUAGGUAUCGCUGGAGACCGACUGGGAACCACGAAGUCCUCAUGCCGAAAUUUGUUCCAGGCAAUGGCGGCCAAGUACCCCUGAGACUGUUCAUGGUUUUGGUGCAUGCGAACGGCCACCAGGGAGCCAGAGUUCGGCUGAAUUCGGGAGAAGGGAAAAUGCCGAACCUGGGCAACUGGGGGAAAUUCUCUUCGGGAGGUUAAACAGGUUAACUCCCAAACUGGAGAGCAAACAAUGGGUCGCAAGAGUAUUCUGAGAACGGACAGCAGCUAAAAUAGCCUGCCCUUCGGUGGGUCCCCGCUCAGAACUCAUUUGGUUUUACGCUCACUUGUGCCAUUACAGAGAGAACAUAUCUGAACAGAUAUCAGACUGGACCACCCAUAACAUAGGCAGACCCGAAUGCCAGCAAGUUCUCUCUGCACGAGAGAUACAGCAACCCCAGACGAUCGCUUCAGCCUUGUUAGGCAUCGUCAGUGAGGCAUAGCUGAUAUCUCUCUAGGCACCGUGAGCAAGGGGUCCACGUCUGGAUUACCCUUUAGACCAAUGGAGAGCAAACAAUGGGUCGCAAGAGUAUUCUGAGAACGGACAGCAGCUAAAAUAGCCUGCCCUUCGGUGGGUCCCCGCUCAGAACUCAUGCUGGUUUUAGCUCAACUUGCGCCAUUACAGAGAGAACAUAUCUGAAGCAUAUCAGACUGGUCCCACCCAUACGGGCAGUCCAGACCCGAAAUGCCAGCAAGUUCUCUCUGCACGAGAGAUACAGCAACCCCCAAACUGGGUUUGUGGACAUGGCCCAUAGUCCUUGUUGCAGGAGACUAGCCAGCAGGAUUCUCCAGGAGCUCGUGGCAUAGGCAUGUUUGCCACAACGAGCAUUUGUAACAUGAUGAGUUAGACGGACAGGAACAGAGGAUGUUGAGGACCCUUCUCAAACAAGUUUGCAUUCCACAGGGAGUGGGGUAAAGUGGCACAAGAGGUGCGGGUAGGAUGUAUUUCAUUAAUGGGGGGGGGAGCUGAUAGUGCAGAGAGAAGGGGAGAAAGCUGAUAGCGCAGGGUGGAGUAGAGGGAGCUAAUAGCACAGGGAGGAGGGGAGAGAGCUGAUAGCGCAGGGUGGAGGGGAGGGAGCUGAUAGCGCAGGGUGGAGUAGAGGGAGCAAAUAGCACAGGGAGGAGGGGAGAGAGCUGAUAGCACAGGAUCGAGGGGAGGGAGCUGAUAGCGCAGGGAGGAGUGGAGAGAUCUGAUAGCGCAGGGAGGAGGGGAGAGAGGUGUUGGGUCAAAGAAGAAGGGAGAAGGACGCCAGCCUCAUAUCUUUUACUGAUCCAAUUCCACCCCCUGGUGCAAACAGCUAAUAAGAGCCCAGUUGGCAAGAUACUAGGCUGACCUCUCUAAUUAUUGCAGAUUAUUUGGCUCCCUUAUGGGCCCAUUAACAAACAAUAGGGGGCUGUCCGGCAAAGUUGAGAACUUUAGACAGAGUUUAAUCAAAUUUUUGGAAGAACCCCAAAAAUCUGAAAAGGCAUUUUUUCUUUACUCUCACUAGCAACAGUACAGAGGAGUAAACAAGGGAAACUUGUUAAAACCAGAAAAAUUUAUAUAGUUUAUUUUUACUUUAUUGCAAAAAAGGAGGGGGGAAGGGGCUUACGGAUGAGCCUCUGCCACUUCCAACACACUCAUACUAGGCACUAACGAUUAUUACUAACAAUCCCCUCCUCAAUGGUGCCUAAAUCGAACCUACUACAUUUAUUUUUAAGUAAACAGAGUUAUUCACUAACAUGACAAUUCAAAAUUAUUUUUAAAUUUAAGGUCAAGAUAGUCGAAUUAGAACUAUGAGCUAUGCCUUCAGUUUGACUACUUUGGCCUUAAAUUUGAAAUUCACUUUGAAUUCUCACUUUACUAAAUUAAGGGUUUUGUCAAAAUGUCAGCUGGGAAUUGCUAGAUCUCAAUAAAUCCUUUCUGGUGCAGGUCUCUUAUUACAUAAUGUCAAUGUGCUCGGUGUGUGCAGUGACUUUCUAUGUUUGCACCAUCUUUAUGGAGUUCUGGUUGUCUUCCAUCGGUCGGAUGGGCAUUGGCUCUUUGUUCCCAGGUCCUCUAGAAGUUGGUUAACCCAUUGUGUUUCCGUGCAUGUUUCUGCUGCUUGUGUAGUACAAUGUCCCACUGAUUCUUCCUCCGAAGAGACCCGAGCUAUAGCUUUGCACAAGGAAGAGGGAGAUCUGUUUAAAUGGGUCCGAUGUACAGGAGGAUUUUGUUAUCCAUAGGAUUGGUAGCAUUUAGACUUUCCUUGUCUGCCUUCCUUGAAAUGCUCCCAGGGAAGCCAACCACUCGGUGACUAAUGCAUUCUACUUAACCAACUUUCUUCUCUGACCCCUCCUAUCCAUCUAGAUCAGGCUUCCCCAAGCUCCGUCCCUCCAGAUGUUGCUGAACUACAACUCCCAUGAUGCUCAGCCUAUUUCAUUCAUAGAAUCAUGGGAGUUGUAGUUCAGUAACAUCUGGAGGGCCAGAGUUUGGGGAAGCCUGAUCUAGAUAGUAAGCUCCAAUGGGAAUAGGGCCCUCAAAACCUCUUGAAUUUGUUUGUCAUAUUUUGUAUUUUCUCUUAGACUUUUUAUACCUUUUGUCCUUUUACUUCCACCAGCUGUACCCACGGACAGUUAUGGACAAGUAAUAAUAAGGUUCUCUUAACACCUCUUAGAUUUUCAGAAUUUCUCACCCCUAAUCAUACCUUUUGUUUCUCUAUUAUUUAGAGCUGAAGUCAAACCCCGUCCUGUGGAUAGUGAUUGGUGUUAUUGCUGUUCUUGGAGUGAUUGGCAUCGCUGUAGGAUUUGUUAUAUGGAAGAAGCUUUCAGGUAACAAUCUAGCCAACUGCAAUGUUACAGACCAAACAGAGCAUCUUGUCAGAAUAUGUUUAAAUAAAGCAGGAGCAGGAUAUCCCUGCAUGUUCACAGGUGGAACAAUCACUGCCUCAGUGUGGCUGGAGCAGGAUAUCCCUGCAUGUUCACAGGUGGAGAAGUCACUGCCUCAGUGUGGCUGGAGCAGGCUAUUCCCUGCAUGUUCACAGGUGGAGCAAUCACUGCCUCAGUGUGGCUGGAGCAGGAUAUUCCUGCAUGUUCACAGGUGGAGAAGUCACUGCCUCAGUGUGGCUGGAGCAGGCUAUUCCCUGCAUGUUCACAGGUGGAGCAAUCACUGCCUCAGUGUGGCUGGAGCAGGAUAUCCCUGCAUGUUCACAGGUGGAGCAAUCACUGCCUCGUUGUGGCUGGAGCAGGCUAUUCCCUGCAUGUUCACAGGUGGAGCAAUCACUGCCUCAGUGUGGCUGGAGCAGGAUAUUCCUGCAUGUUCACAGGUGGAGCAAUCACUGCCUCAGUGUGGCUGGAGCAGGAUAUCCCUGCAUGUUCACAGGUGGAGCAAUCACUGCCUCAGUGUGGCUGGAGCAGGAUAACCCUGCAUGUUCACAGGUGGAGCAAGCACUGGCUCAGUCAGAGCAGCUGGGACUCAGACAAACACAGGGAUAUCCCUAAACCUUUCCAACCCCUGUUUUUAGGCUGCAGAUUGCUCUCUCUGUGUUACAGACUCUAUCCAUUGCCUGUUAAAUAAUGUCCUGAUUGUAGGAUGGAAUUAUUCUACCAGCUUCUAACACAGAAUUUUAUUUGUUUCUCUUCAGGACAAAAUCACAAUUCUCCUUCAAUAGUAAGUAACACAUUUGUCAUAAUGAUAAUGUAUACAUUCACUAUGACUGUUACUGGAAUGUGUGUCUGAGCUGUAUGUGUAUUAUAUGUGUGCUGUGUGCUGUGUGUGUGUGUGUGGGGGGGGAGGAUAAUUGUAAUGACAUCCAUGCUCGGCCACUUUUUGCAGGGCAGGACUGGGCAUACAAAGCAUACUCACAUGCAGACCAGUGGUGUAUUUUGAAUUUGUGCUGCCCUAGGCCUGAUGAAACACGGGCACCCCCCCAAUCUAAAUUUGAUCCACCCUUUCCUGUCAAGGCUGCACCUCUUCCUGUUUUAGACCAACAUGCAGUUUGACUGACACCCAAUGACACAUUUACUCACUGACAGGCACACACGCUCAGAUACACAAACUGUGACACACACACACAAAUUCAUUGACAGACACACAUUCACUCACUAGCAGGUACACACUUUCACUGACAGACAAAUGCGCUCACUAAAAGACACACACUUACAGACACACUCAUUUACUAACAGACGCACACUCGGACAAACACUGACUGACACAUACACUCACUAGCAGAUACACACUCAUGCACAGACGUACACAAUCACUGACAGACACACACAGAUUCACUCACAGACGCACACUGACACAUUGACUGACAGGCACACACACAUUUACUGACAGGCACACACACAUUCACUGACAGGCACACACACAUUCACUGACAGGCACAUACGGACAGGCAUGCACAUUCACUAACAGACACACACACACAUUCACUCACAGACACCACGAUACUGACACACUCACACACAUUGUCCAACACACAAAUUAUACGCAAUUUAAUUUUAAUUAUCCACCCAGCCUCCCUACCUUUGGGACAGUUGGAGUGGAUUCUUCCCUGUGGUCCAGUGGGGCUGGCAGCUGGGUUGGCUCUUGCUGCUGGGCAGGCAGACGGGGACUGUCAGCCUAUGCGGGUUGCAAGGGAGCACUCUGUACUCUGAGCUCUUCCUGCUCAGCUCCCUUGUGCGCCGCUUAGUGAUCCCAGGAGCUGGAAUGACGUCAUAUUCCGGCUCCCAGCAUUGCUAGAACGCCUCAGGGGCCCUGAGGUGGCCGUUUGGUCAGCUCCUGUGUCCCCGUGAAAGAGGCUAACAGGGCAUCUGCCAGGGCACUUGGUUGGUGGCUUUUUUUACCGUCCCCUUGAAAGUGCUGCCAGGGCAAAUGUCUUGUUAGCCUCAUUAAAAAUACAGCGCUGAUGCAGAGCUGAUCUGUCUAAGGCAUAUGUUCUGGGAGUGCAACUAGCACCCAGCACACAAGUGCCAAUAAUUCUGGGUGUGCAAUUUUACACAUCCCAACUACUAGCAGCAUGACCUCUUCAAAAAGUACAAGUGGUCAUAGUGGUUGGAGUAACAGUUUACGUUGCAGCCAGUACCAUGUUUACAAGGAAUGGUGGGGGCAGACAAUCACAAGGACUGUAGACCACACGGGAGACUUAAGAGAGUGGCAGGGCAGCCAGUUUCAUCUCUGGGUCAGUGGGCGUAUGUGUGUGUUUGUGCAUCUGCAUUUGUAUCUAUAUAUAUCUGUGUGUUUCUGUGCUGCAUGUGUGUCAGUGUUUGAAACUGUGUUUGUGUGUGUAUUUCCAUGUAUGUCAGUUUAUGUGUCUGUAUCUGCGUGUGCUAGUGUGUGUAUCUGUGGCCUGUUUAUCUACACAUGUGUGUAUAUGGGUAUCAGUGUGUGUUUGGCAGUGUAUAUGUAAAGAUGCACAGUUCUCAGUACUCAGACAUCAAAACAACACACAAAUACACCUCUGUAUUAAAACGCAAACACUGCAUACAAACACAACCCUACAUUCACUCACAUAUACUCCAUACAAUCAAAUGCUUACAUUCAAACACACAAACACUGUUUAGUGCUAAAUACAACCCUAUAAGGAUGGACAUAUAGAUCCCCAGUGUGGGAGUUGUACAACAGAUGGGAAUCUACCUUUUGGCCACCCUUGUGAUUGGGACGGGGGCAAAAUAAUUAUUGGACUUGGGCCCUCUUUACGUUAGUUCCGCCACUGGCUGUGCAAUAUAUGUUUUUAUAUUUAUGAUAAUUAUACUAAUAGAAUGUUGUUUGUUUGUUUUUCUCUAUUUUUAGCUCUGA